UGCUGUGCGUAGCUGAGCUCCCAAGGGGGAGAGGGGCCCAUUUAACCCCUCUGUCCUAUGGGAAUGUUGGAACACACUGUCACCUUUGUACUCCUCCUGCUUCUCAAGGGGCACCAAGGCCAAGUCUCUUUCCCAGAAUGCAUGGUUUCUACCAGCCGUGUGGUUGGGCUCUCAGGAACACCUCUCCAGCUGCAACCUUCCAAUAUACAGACAAAUGCAUCUUCUGUCGAAUGGAAGAUGCGCUCAUCCUCACGUCAAGAAACUUAUAUGAUAGUGACUUGGAAGAAUAAGUCUAGUGUGAAAUAUUCAUCUGCAGCUUUGAAUGGUUUCAACAAUGCAUUUCAUUUUAACAUUGAGAACUUUAGUCUUCUCAUCAAGACAACUAAGCCACAGUACAGCGGUCUGUACCAACUGGAGCUCACCAUGGCGUGUGGGAAAACUUCCUCUGAGUGUUUCAACGUUUCCGUAUUUGAUCAUGUUGAGAAGCCCCGACUGUGGUGGCAGUGGAAGGCCCUGGAUGAAGGGAUGUGUCAGGUGAAUCUGUCCUGCUUGGUCUCCCAGGAUGAUAAUGUGAACUAUACUUGGUACAGAGGAAGCGAGGUGAUCUCAACAUUGAGAAACCUUACCUUUGUGGAGAAGCAGAUUGAUGCCAAUGGGCAGUACACAUAUACUUGCAAUGCUAGCAACGCUGUCAGUUGGAAAAGCAGCAACCUCACCCAGGGCUGCCCAAGAGACCCUCUGAAAUCCAGAUUUCUGCCCUCUUUGGUGAUCUUCCUGAUUCUACUCAUACUGCUUACUGGCAGCCUCACUUGCUUUUGUGUGUGGAAGAGGAAGCAGUCACAGGCCAGCUCCAAGAACUCUGUGACAGUUUAUGAAGAUGUCAAGAAUCUGCAAGUCAGGAGAAAUCAACAGCAGGAGGAGGAGCAGCAAUCUCCUGGACUAGGGGCCACCAUCUAUGCUAUGGUCGAGUACCAGUCUUCUGCUUCUACAUCACAAGAAACGAAUACGUUAUAUUCAGUAGUACAGCCUUCCCGGAAGUCUGUAUCUAAGAAGAGGAACCACAGCCCUCCCUUCAACCUCACCAUCUAUGAGGAGUUUGGAAAGAGAUGUUGCAAAGCAAAUGACCCUGCCUGGCUGAACCGCAAAGAGCUGGGUAGCUCUGACCUCUAUUCCUGAUCGCCUCUCUCACACACCAGCAUCUGCUCUGGGGAUCCGCACAAGGGAUGAUGCCACAUGAAUCUCUUGGAAACAGUAUCUAGUCUGGAAAGGAUACAGAAAUUUGCUUACAGUCUAUAUUUUGAUUUGAAAAUGAAUGAUUUCUAACAGGCACUGUAAGAGCAAGGUUGUUACAUAACAUCUCACAAUUUAGAGACAAGAAUGAGUGGAGAGGUUGGAUUGGUCACAUUCUGAGUCUUUAGAAUCUACAAAGUGCUGCAUAAAUGUAGGGAAGGGAUUCCAUUCCCCUGGUUUUCUAACCUGUUAUUUGUUUCCCCACCAUAUUGAUCUGGGAUAACCACAUUUUUGGUCUCCUCACCCCUCCAUGCCUCAGACUCCCCUUCCAAAGCAAGAGAAAAAGAGCAAUGAAAGGUGAUGGUGACUCAAAGGAAGAGGAAGCAGCUUUCCUUCAUGAGCUGCACUAUCUGUCUGUGAGCAGCUGCCAGCUUGAUGGGGAUGGGGGGCAGGGUGGUGCAGAGCCUAGGCUUCACUCAAAUGCAGGGGAAACCCUCCCCGAUCUCAUACCUUUACCUCUGGCCACUUGGCCACAAAAGGCAGCAGGAAGAACUGAGAACAGAUUUUGAUGCAAAGCAAGCCCAUCUCUGAAUAGAAAAAUCACUCAAAGCAUAUGCCGUCUUGAUAAUGGGCAGUUGAGGCCACCUUUGUUCACAGAAUAUUUGAUUUACAAAGUCACAUUAUUAUAAACCUAUUUUGGCUUCUAUCCAGAAGAAAAAGCUUCUCAGAAAUCAUAUUCUAUCUAAGUUCUGAGUCCUGAUGAAUGCUCUCCAUGGUACAUGCUAGAUGGAGGGCUCAGACAGCUGAGCAUUGAAGAUGAGGCAGUUGUGAACCAGACACUAUGCUGGGUUCCCAGAGUUUUCAGGCAAGGCUAUGGAGAGCAGGAAGGCAGGCCUAAGAUUCGAGACCACAGAAGGAUAGGAGUGAACU